CUCGUGACCAUCUCGGUCACGGUGUUCAGUUAUGUGUUAAUAAUAUAGACUGCCAAAAUAGAUACGUGAAUAUUUUUUCCACGCGUAUUGACGGGGUACUUCUUCCUCUGGUGUUGUUGGCAAAAUGGCCAGAUAGCGAUUUUCAAGGGAUAUUAUAA